CAACUACUCUGGUUAAUUCAGUCGUCGCUUCGAUUUCUUUUUAGGGUUUCAUGCUUUAGCUCGCGUCAAGUUUCUAAACUAUCAAAUUUAGGCGAUUGCAUACAUAGCGCUAUUGUUAGAGGGAGAGGGGGGAAGGUAGAGAGGGAAAGAAAGAGGCUAGCGUUGUUGAGGAAUAUAAGAGGAGACUUGGAUUGGAUUUCAGGGUUUUUUUCCAUCAGUUUAUAGACCCAGCUCUGAGUUUGAUUGCAGAUACUAACACCGUGGUGUUUUGAAAGGGUGGGUUUUUGUCCAGUACUGUUCCCUAUUCAUAAAGAAAGGUUAAUAAUAUUUUGGUGAAAGAGUUUCAUUACUAAUAACUUGUAAAACAAAUGGAUCAGAAGUUAUGGGAUUAUCUUCUUUAAACUGUGCCAGUGGUUGUUUUCUGUAAUAAAGGGUGCAAACAGAAGUGCUUUGUUUGAGUGAGCAAGAUGCUAUCUAAUUAUUUGUCAAGACUGAGUGUUGCAUUUCAGCAGGGAAAUCCGGUUGUUGGGCAAGAAGGUGGAUUCAGAUACCCAGUCAAAAUUUUGAUUGGCCAAGGGAAACUGUUGUUUGCCAACUCUAGGUUGUUUCAUUCCUUGCUAUUUACAAAUUAUAGUGGUCUGCAUUUACCUCUGCAACCUGGUUCUGUUGUUACUGUACAAUCGAAAUCACAGUUAGUUGAUCGAAUAAGAAAUUCUUCGCUUGUUGGAGUACUUUCUCGAACAUUUUCUGUCCCCUCUGUUUCAGGGCCUGCCUUUCAGGUUUGUAGGCAUCACAGUGAUCACCUGCUAUCUGAACCUAGUCUCAUCUCUUUGGGCAUUGAUUCCCAAAAAACUCAUAUGGCUGUUUCGGUUUCUAGAGCUGUAUUUGGUGACUGUUCUUUACAUAAUUUAACUUCAAGGCAUGGACAACUCGCCAUCUCAACAAAUAAUGCUGCUAUAUGUUGUGGCAAUACAAGUUCUGAAAGUUGCAGAAAAGUUAGCAUGAGUUUGAAAAAUAAAGAAUGGCCUAACAAUUAUUUACUUUAUGGAUAUUUUCUCUAUAACGUUCCAAAGAGGAGGAGCAGCUUUAUUCCAUGCACAGGGUUCAGAUUGAUGAGUUUCCACAGUUCAUCUCCUGCAUCUUCCUCUGCUGGGACUGCUCCUGCUGUGUCCUUUGACAACUCCACACAUGAAGAACAACUUGAAAGUUCUGCAGAUGCUUCUGAACAGAAGAUUGCAGCAGGCAGAACCAUGAAACUACUUUCAGGAUCAUGCUAUUUGCCCCAUCCUGACAAAGAAGAAACUGGUGGGGAAGAUGCUCACUUUAUUUGUGCUGAUGAACAAGCAAUAGGUGUGGCAGAUGGUGUUGGCGGCUGGGCAGAUGUUGGUAUUGAUGCUGGGCAAUAUGCUAGAGAACUCAUGUCUAAUUCUGUAACCGCGAUUCUAGAGGAGCCUAAGGGUUCGAUUGACCCAGCCAGGGUUUUGGAGAAAGCUCACUCAAGCACAAAAGCCAAGGGGUCCUCAACUGCUUGCAUUUUAGCACUGACAGACCAGGGUCUCCAUGCCGUUAAUUUAGGAGAUAGUGGGUUUAUAGUGGUUAGAGAUGGAUGCACUGUAAUUCGAUCCCCCGUACAGCAGCAUGAUUUCAAUUUUACAUAUCAAUUGGAGAGUGGAAAUGAUGGUGAUUUGCCCAGCUCCGGUCAGGUUUUUACAGUCCCCGUAGCCCCUGGAGAUGCUAUAAUAGUUGGCACUGAUGGACUUUUUGACAACUUAUAUAACAAUGAGGUUACUGCGGUGGUCGUUCAUGCCAUGAGAGCUGGCUUAGGGCCUCAGGUGACAGCUCAAAAGAUUGCGGCAUUGGCACGCCAACGAGCACUGGACAAAAACCGACAGACACCUUUCUCCAUAGCUGCCCAAGAAGCUGGGAUCCGUUAUUAUGGUGGCAAGCUUGAUGACAUCACUGUUGUUGUUUCCUAUAUUACCACCAGCACUGAGAAAAAGUAGUCUUCCCCUUCAGCGUGUGGCUCCUGUUAAAACUUAUGUAUACCCGACAUCAUCUCUGACUACAAGUUGCAAGGAGUUUAAUGAGUCACCUAAUGAUGAUGAGGUAGCAACCUCUCCUGUUGUAAAUAUAUACUCUGCAUUUUUGCUCGGAAAUGGAAGUAAAUGAGGGAUUAUUAAUUUUUGUAUUUGUUUUUUUAAUUUUCCUAGCACCAGUUAAUUGGGUCGGCCCUGUAUUGAAACUCUGAUAUAGAAAAAGGACCUCACAGCAUUAUAUGA